AUGGUGAUUAGUUGUGCAAUCGCGUUCACAGGCGUGGUCUUCCUGAUCAAGAUCGAGUCCUACAAGACUACACGUGACGGCUGGCUGAAGGAUUUUUACGACAACUACCAGCUACUUAAACCAGGCGCCGUCCCGAGCGAGGCGUGGGAGAUUCACAGACGUGUUGACAAAGCGAUGCAUCUUCUGAGCGCGGUGAGUGACCCUGAGUUCGGAUUCCCAAGCAAUGACGACUCCGAGGAUACAGCGCCCACGCGCUUGUGCUUCUUCCUCAGUGUGGUCUUCCUGAUCAAGAUCGAGUCCUACAAGACUGUCAAGGAGCGAACACGUGACGGCUGGCUCAAGGGAUUCUACGACGACUACCAGCUUCUCAAACCAGGCGCCGUCCCAAGCGAGGCGUGGGAGAUUCUCAAUAGUGCCAGCAAAGUGAUGCACCCCCUGAGCGCAGUGAGUGACCCCAAGUUUGGAUUUCCAAGAAAGGGCGACUACGCGGAAGCGCAACAAGACCAGGAGGCCUCGAACGUACUCGUGGGCGGCUCGGUCACUAUCACAAAUCCCAACAAUCGUUAA